GCAGACGGAAUGUUUCUCACACUCCCCCGUAUACUUCACAUUCACACAGACUGAGCGACUGCUUUUCUGCUCUCUCGGCCGUCCGGCUCACCGUGCCACCGCGACCUCGCCGGUAGCUUAUCGUUCUUCACUCGGGUCCCUCUCCGUCGUCCCCUUUUGCUACUUUCGGCGUCUCGUAAGAACUUAAGGAGGUUGAAAUGGCGCAAAUCAUGAGCAUGUACAGCUUCGAAGCGUUCGGCAUAGUUUAGGGCCUUCAAAGCUCUCUGUUCUACCUUCUGCACCUCCUCUCUCUGUCUCUCUCUCUCGGAGCUUCAGCUCGUCUCUCCUUUCUCCCUUCUCUUCGCUGGAGAUGGGAUGCCGGAGCAUGAUCGCCGGAAGCUUGGAACCCGAGCGGAAGAGGUGCGGAGGACUGAGGACCAAGCAGGCAGGUAGAGGAUCUUGUCGCGGAAGUUAGACCUCCGUCGGAGCUCACCCCGCCGGAAAAUGUACGGUUGCCGGCGACGCUAGCAACUCCUUUCGCCACCUGUUCUGCACCUGCUGGUGCAUGCUUAGCUUUUCAGUUCAUUUCCUCUCUUUAGCUGUUGAAGUUCCGAGGCUCGACGUCGACAUGGGGUACUUGCUGAAAGAAGCUUUGAAGACUCUCUGCGGCGUGAACCGGUGGUCUUACGCCGUGUUUUGGAAGGUCGGCUGCCAGAAUCCCAGGCUCUUAAUAUGGGAGGAAUGUUACUAUGAGCCCUUGACCAGUUCUGUUCCUCCUGAAGAUCGAUCCCGUCAAUCCAUAACUCAAGCAGAGGAUAAACUCCAGCUGCUUAUCAACAGGAUGAUGACCAAUAACCAAAUUUGCCUCUUUGGCGAAGGAAUCAUCGGGCGGGCGGCAUUCACGGGAAUUUAUCAAUGGUUCACUUCGAAUAGUUACAUCAGAGAUGUCCAUCCACCUGAGGUAUCGAAUGAGAUGCAUCAUCAAUUUUCAGCUGGAAUUCAGACGGUUGCAGUUAUUCCUGUUUCACCUCAUGGAGUUGUUCAACUUGGUUCUUCCUUUUCGAUCAUGGAGAACUUGGGAUUCGUGAAUGAUAUUGGGGGUUUGAUCUUGCAACUGGGAUGCAUCCCUGGAGCUCUAUUUUCUAUGGGCUCUGCAGAGAAUGCUACGGUAUCGGGUUAUCCCAGAUCAGGUCUUACUGAUACCUCAGAAGUUGGUAAGAAGACCAGCUCAGAUAAUAUGAUGGUUGACAGCUGCAAACAGCUAAACAGCUCAUUUGACCUUUCAAGACUGAUUAGUAAACAGUCCAAUUCUCUGAUUAGAAAAGUUCAGGAGAACUCAUCAAUUACCGAUUCUGCAUUUCAAUCUCCUUAUCGGCCCCUGGAAAAGUCAGCCUUUUGUCCCAGAAGCUUGGAAAGAGGAGCAGUAAGGGCUGAACUCAUCUACUCUAAUCCUCAUGAACAGCUGAGUCAUUUUAUUGGUCCCAGCAAUUCAUAUUCCAGAUCUACUGUGAAUUGUCAAGCUGCUUGUGGUCAAAUGGGCGUCCGCCAUAGUAUUAAACCUACCGAAAAGCAGAAACCAUCAGCUUUCGGGAUCCAAAACCCGGUCAAUAGUGGGACCAAUGACUUAGAUAGCAUGAUCAGAUCUCGAUUUAGGACACACGGCAGUUCAGUACUUGAUUCAAGUAAAUCUUUUGAUGCUUCUCAAUUUCUUGAAGGAGAUGAAGUACUCAAUGAAUUUAAGAAUUAUUCAAGACCAGUUGUUCCAGCACCCUCCUUCUCAGCUGCACCUGUACCUUCUCUCUCAAAUCUGACUGAAGUUGGAUCUCAGGCCGGUGAUUUGACUGAAUUAGAAGGAAUUCCGCUGUUUAGUUUGUCAGAUCAAUUGAUGGGCUAUGCCACUGAAGUGCUCUCAGGAGGCAUUGAUCAGAUGACUCCUCAAGUUGACUUGUCUAGUGUGAACCAGAGAAUGGAGAAUGGUUCUAGACAGGCUCCAGACUUGCCAUGGACACACCUAUAUGAGGAUAAGUCUCUAUUUGACAGUGGAAGUGGUGGCGUCAUGUCUCCAAAUCUCACAUAUGAAGAUGCAUUCCGACAGUCUGAAGGAGAUGACUUGUUUGAUAUUUUGGGAGCAGACAUGAAGAAUAAGAUAUUCAGUGGAAGAUCUGACAGUGCUGAUUCGCAUAAAUUGAGCAAGGAGAGUUUGAUGUCAACAAAUACUCGGGAAGCUGGUCAAGAACUAUACUUAGAUGACGAAAGUCUGUCAAAAGGUGGCGUCUUUUCCGUAAUAGGCAAUGAUCAUCUUUUGGAUGCUGUGGUAUCUGGGGCUCACUCUGCCUCGAAGCAGAAUUCAGAUGAUAGCCUAUCUUGUAAAACAACUUUGACGAAAAUCAGCAGCUCUUCUGUACCUAGCAGUUCUCUUGCAUAUUGCCAGUCUAAUUCGACUGGCAAAAUGCCCGAGGACUCGUUUGGAAUAUCAAAGCCUCCUGCAAAAGAGGAAACUCCAAGUUCUGGUUCUCUUAAGUCUGGAUGUACGAAGAACAAUGAGGCAGCAUGUUCUCAAAGUCACUCCCUUUGCUCCCAGAUAAGUUCGUGGGUUGAUCAGGGCCGUGCUAUGAAGCGUGAUAAUAGUAUUUUGACUGCAAAUUCUAGAGGUCCUGAUGAAGGAACAAAACCAAGUCGUAAAAGGCUAAAACCUGGAGAAAAUCCGAAGCCGAGGCCCAAAGACCGACAGAUGAUCCAGGAUCGGCUGAAAGAGCUUCGUGAUAUUGUGCCAAAUGGGGCAAAAUGUAGCAUUGAUGCACUCCUGGAACGCACAGUCAAGCAUAUGCUGUUCUUGCAAGGUGUGACAAAGCAUGUGGACAAACUGAAACACAUUGCAGAGUCCAAGAUCAUCGACAGGGAAGGUAGACUAUUUCUCAACGAUGACUUCGAGGGAGGGGCGACGUGGGCUUAUGAAAUUGGGUCGCAAUCUGGGGUCUGUCCCAUCAUAGUUGAGGAUCUUAGUCCGCCCCGUCAAUUCCUCGUGGAGAUGCUGUGUGAAGAACGGGGUUUCUUCCUAGAAAUAGCUGACAUGAUCCGCAGACUAGAACUUACGAUUUUGACGGGGGUGAUGGAAUCACGAGAUGGGAAGAUCUGGGCCAGGUUUUCAGUAGAGGCAAACCGUGAUGUGACGAGGAUGGAGGUAUUCGUGUCACUUGUACGAGCUCUAGAACAAGUCAUGAAAGAUGGUGCAGUGCCUGAGACCAUGGUUGACAACCAUCUGAUGCCGCGCCAUUCAUUUGCCCAGACAGCCUGUAUACCCGCAACCGGUAUGCCCAGUAGUUUGCAGUAAAGGGAACUGCCCUGUUUGUGUCGCUUGGUCUGAAUCUGUUGCGAGUGGGCUUUGCUUGCCAUGACUAACAUCGAUUCUCGGUCCAAGCUUUUGAGCAUUUCUCAUUUUGGGUCUCCUAUGGUUGGAGUGGAUUGAAUUUUUACCGAUCUUUGGUUGAAAUGGAGAUUCUCUUCGAAAUAUGAAGUAGAACUUAUGUGGAAAAUUCAACUAAUGGCUCUUCCUCGCUACACUAAACAAUCUCAUGGGUUGUUACUGUAUUAGUACUUAAAA